AGAGCGUGAAGGUGCAGGCAAUUUGCUGCUGCAGAAGGAGUCGGACCAGGUGAGGGGGCUGCUUUGAGGGGCAUUUUUUAGUCUGCCCGGGAUGAAUGCAGACAUCCCCUUCUCUCCAAACUAUUCUCUUCAGAGCCGGUAGCCCCUUGCUGAGUUGGUCGCAAUCAUUGUUUCUCUGCAGCAUUAACCACAUUCCAGAGAGGCGCAGCGCAUCCCGUCUUCCUCCCCGCAUUCCUUUCAGGCGAACGAGUCCCCUGCGUAAAACGCCGUUUUUCUGGGCUUUUCCUGCGCGCAGCGGACUCGGAUUUGCUCCAAAGUCUUAUUUAGAGGUUUGAUGAUUAUCCAGCCUGCAGUGGUUUACAACAAAGCGGUCGUGAGAGAAACCGAGACGGAAAACCAACAAGGGGAAAUUCCUCCGCGCAGCGCGCCAUUGACUGUAAAGACCUUUCAACUUAACAAAAACUGAAGUUGACAAACGUCCCCCUGUCGACUGAAAGUGUGAGAAAGAGUUUGAUUUUUUUCUCUAUUUUUGUGGCAGAGCGGGGGAAGCGGAAGAAGACGAUGCGGCUCGCGGCGGAGGAUCGCGGACACGCUGGCGGUUUGGCGUAAAUGAGCGGCGGCGUUUCUGUUUUGAUUUCCAUGCGCAAUUAGUGCGCCGCGGCGCUCGCUAGUUCGCGCACUCUGGAACUUGUUUCGCGCAACAUGGAGCAUUACCAGGAGGAGCUGGGGCUCCGGGCCGCCGCGCUGAUGGAGGAUCUCUCCCUGUACGACUCCUUCAAUGAUGGGAUGUACAGCGCGCGGAGAAACUUGGUGAUAAACCCCGAUUUGGACUUUUCCGCUCCGGCGGAGCAUCAAACUAAUGGCACGUCCGUGCUCCACCAGCAGCAUCACACGCUGGAGAAUUUCACGGCGGGGAAUAAAGUGUACAACGCGGCUCCGGUGCGCCCGGUGACCUGCGCCCGGACCGUGCCCGUGGACUUCUGCACCCCCCAGAGAGAGGCGGUGUACAGCGAGGAGAGCUGCUACAGCAAAUCCGAAGUGGCGUUGCCUUGUUACACCGGUACGUCCGACCGGCACCGGCGCUUCUCCCUGGAGGUGCAGGGCCACCGGUACAGCACCGGCUCCACUUUCGACGGCAAGGCGCUGCCUCUGCCCGGCAACAGGUGCAACAGCGUCUGCAUUACCAGCAGCUACAGCCCCCGCUCCAGCCUGGCGUCCUCCCUGUCCUCCCAGGAGCAGAGCAAGCACGCCAGCCCGCGGUCGAGCAUCAGCAGCCCGCGCGCCAGCUUGGUGGUGCUGGGGCAGGAGCGCUACACCAGCCCCAGGUCCAGCCUGGUUCACAGCGAAGGCAACAGCGCAAUCAGCCCCCGAUCCAGCUAUGCAAGCACGGCCAGUGACACGAGCAAGCACUCCAGCCCCCGGGCCAGCCUCAACAGCUGCGACUGCUGCAGCAAGCCCAGCAGCAACCGCACCAGCGGCAUCAGCAUGGGCUACGACCAGCGCCACACCAGCCCCAGGUCCAGCACGGCCAGCCAGUACUCCUUCACCACCAGUCCCCGGUCCAGUUACUCCGACUCGCGCUAUGGACCCGUAGGCAACCCGGACCUGGAGCCGCUGGCGAGCCCGCGCUCCAGCAUCUGCAGCCAGGACGGCAGAGCGGGCACCGGUGCCAACUGCGCGCUCAGCCCGCGCUCCAGCAUCUCCAGCCACAGCUCCAGGAGCUCCCGCAGCUCCCGGGGCUCGAUGAGCGCCUACCCGGACCUGCAGCUGCCCUCCCCCAGGUCCUCCAUGCUCGGGACCAGCCUGCACGAGGACACCCUGCUGCAGGAGUUCGGGGACUCCAACGGAACCCAGAGCCGCAUCCACCUGCAGCCGGUACCCGAGCCGCAGCUGCAGACGGCGCAGCCGGUGGGGAUCCCGGAGAUAACCACCACCGGCGCGCCGCCGUCCUCCUUUAACUUUGGCGUGUCCUCCAAAACGGCCUCACCCGCACAGAGGUUUAAGUUGCCCUACCAGGUGACCCCCAACCGGGAGAGCGGACCGAGCCAGGCGGAGAGGCGGCUGGAGGCGCUCACCCUGGAGCUGGAGAAGGAGUUAGAGAUGCACAUGAAAAAGGAAUAUUUUGGUAUCUGCAUCAAAUGUGGGAAGGGAGUGUACGGGGCCAGCCAGGCCUGCCAGGCCAUGGGGAACCUCUACCACACAAACUGCUUCACCUGCUGCUCGUGUGGAAGAAGGCUGCGAGGGAAGGCUUUCUACAACGUCAACGGGAAGGUUUAUUGUGAGGAAGAUUUUCUGUACUCUGGUUUCCAACAGACGGCUGAGAAGUGCUUCGUGUGUGGUCACCUCAUCAUGGAGAUGAUCCUCCAGGCGUUGGGGAAGUCCUACCAUCCCGGCUGUUUCCGCUGUGUGGUGUGUAAAGAGGGUUUAGAUGGAGUUCCUUUCACUGUAGACGUGGAGAACAACAUCUACUGCGUCAAAGACUACCACACAGUUUUUGCUCCUAAAUGUGCCUCAUGCAACCAGCCCAUCCUUCCUGCUCAGGGCUCAGAGGAAACCAUCCGAGUGGUUUCUAUGGACAAAGAUUACCAUGUGGAGUGUUACCAGUGUGAGGACUGUGGACUUCAGCUAAACGAUGAAGAAGGCCACCGCUGUUAUCCCCUGGAAGGUCACCUUCUCUGUCACGGCUGCCACAUCCACCGGCUCCAGUCCAAGGUCCCGACCCACCCGCCUCCGAGCUACCCCCUCCACGUUACUGAACUGUGAAGGAGCAGAUCUGAGACACCGGUUGGAGGAAAAAAAGGGUUCCCGCCCUCUUCCUCCAUCUGCAUUCCUCCCCCCCUUCAACCCUGAAACCCGCUCACCCAGAGGCCCCACGCUGACGUCACUCCUCCUGACCUCUUCCCAUCCCGCUCCCCUCUCCUCCUCGUUCCGACUGAAGCGGCUCAGGCAGCGCCGCCUGGGCCGAGAGCGACGUUCUGGUGGUGGCUGGACCGGGCAGGCAGUGCCUUUGGAGCAAACGGGAUCCUGCUACAGGCUAUGCAAGGGACACCCAGCGUCACGACACAGAGCUGUGCAAACUAGAACCUGAGAGAAGUCGGCUCUGUAGCGCCACAAUCCCAGAGGACCGCCUGACAUUCCUCUUAGACAAGAAAUUCACCGUGUCUUAAUUAAUGAUCAUAUCAUGAUGGGGGAAAAAAAUCUUAGAUGCACAUAGAUUGUUUUUUAUAAGUAAAUAUAUAUUUCGCAGAGGAUUUCCACAUAAAUUUCUAGAUGUAGAUUUUUUUUAUCGUACUUUUUGCUCUGUUGAUGGAGUCGGAGGUGUAGUUCUUACCAACCUUUUGGCUCCGUUGUAUCAUUUUUCCUUCAGGAACCGGAGCGUCUGACAGAGGGUCAGGGAUCCACACGCUCUGUGGGAGCAGACUUCGAUCAAACAGAAUUGCAUUUAAGUAUGUUUUGGGCUUCCUUUGAGUUCCUCCUACCUAAUUUCUCAUAAAUUCUCUUUUUUUAUCCAUUUUUUGUUGUUAAGUAAUGUCAUUAUUGCUUUAAGAUUACCUACAAAUCAGUAUUAAGUAAAAGUGCACACAUUUGUAACAUAUUUUUUGGUUUCAACUCUUUAAUCUCUUGCAAAAUAGUUAUUUUACGCAUUUUUCAAAUGUUUUUUUCAGUACUUAUAAAAAAAUAUGCUUAUUUGCAAAUAAGUUUGCUCAAAGUCUGCUCAGAAAGCGUAUCUCCUGCUGUUUCACACACUGUUCUUCGUCACACGAGCACAUAUAGCCUGAUAAUAUUAAGAGGAACCUCCGUUCGUCCACAUGCCUUAAAACAGAAUAGGUGUGUUUUUGUGCGGUCCGCCAUGAAGUCUGCUGUUGUGUUCUGGGGGGGGGGGUUGUCCCUGAAAUCAUGGAGUUGCUGGUCUCACCCAUGUGUUUUUUUUUUUUUUUUAAGGGAUAUUAACCUGUGUGAACCCACAUUGGCAGGCGCUUAUGUGUCAGCGAGAGUGUGUAUAUAUGCAAAAGAAACACUUGAAACAUUGAGCUGCGUUGGUGCUGGAAGGAUACGCCCACUUUUCCCCGCUGGACUCUUUUGGUUUAAAUUCUGAAUCGAUUUGUCUUUUUUUUUUUUUCUGCAGAUAAACCCCCAACAGUAUGUGCUUAUUUCACAUGUUGUCUUAAAGUAUGACUGUAUGAGAGUGUGUGUGCAGUGGCGGGUACAUGGCACAUGCACCUCACUGUGUUUGCAGGGCAGCAGGCCGUCUUAACAUCACAUAUCUUAACUUGUGUCUAAUUCCUGGAUAUGAAGGGUAUGCACAAAUCUAUCAGCUUAUUUGGAGGCCUUCACCUUUAUAUAAAAAUAAAUAAACAAGAUAUCUGAACUGCGCUGUGAUGCUGCAACAAAGCCUAAACUACUGAAUGUGUCAGAAACAAGAGACUGAAGCCAGGAAAACUCACAACUGCAAUCUAACGAGAUUCAUGUGAAUGUAAAAAUUAUUUGUGCUUUUAAAAGUGGAGAGAGGAAAAAAAAAAGGACUGCAAAGUGUACAGGAGAAAUCCCCCUAUCUUUGACCUGAUCUUUGGGUCAAGUGCUGUACUUGAAGAACGAACUGCACAGAAAAAACCCAACCACAGAGAAAUCAAAGGUGUCUUAAUUCACCUGUUUAAAUUUACUACUCCCAUUUCAGUUGGAUAGCACACAGCUAGUGAUUCUGUACAUAAAGAGAGGUUAGUAUUUUUUAUUCUAUUUUCUUGUCAAAAAUCACUCGGACCGAGCACACUUCUUCCCCUCCUCCUGCCGGUAGUUCCAACAAGCACAUCUCAACACCUGUCACGUCUUUUAUGUUGCUAAGUAUUUUUGAGUUCCUAGAUGCAUCAUUUAAAAAGGAGACUAGAUUUAUUUAUCUAAACAUGACCUGAGAAAAGUCUAAAGUUAUUUAAUGUAUUAAAAUCUGGACGUAUCAUUUAACUGUAGGUGAUAUAAUCUGCUUUUUCAAUAAAGUGGUUUUGUAGCUAUCUCAAAAUGAUUGGGUUUGUUUUUCUUUCAUUUUUUCGAACAUUUUCAGGUGUUUUGUUUUUCUUUUUACCACCCAAAGGAGUGACGGAAGACGAGUUGGACCCUGCUACCAGAUCAGAGAGGUUGUGUGGUUGUGUAUGGAUUUAAACGAGAUGAAUACUUAAAUUUAGAUUUUUGACCUCACAUUUGACAGUUUACUGCAUUGUAACAUUUUUUUGUCUCAUUUUAAUUAUUCAUUUACUCUAGUUAUGAUAACAAGUUUAUCGUAGCUUGCCAACAUCUCCCUCUCUGAUGAUCUUUUGAUCUAUUGUCUUUGCACAAUUUCAUGUGCAAAGACAAUACAAACGUGCUUUACAUAAAGCAUUAAAAGAAACAAUCAGAAGAAAUAGUAAAGGUGUGAUUAUUAAAAUAAGAUUAAAAGAAAGUAAAAAAGAACUGAAUUUAAAGCAAGCAUAGACAGGGCCGGCCCUGGGCAUAGGUGACCUAGGCAGCUGCCUAGGGCACCAUCUGCUGGAGUGGGUGCCAAAUCACAAUGAAUAUAAUGUUGUUGUUUUUUUUGGUUAAGCUGUUUGACUCAUAACUCAUUUCCUGUAAAAAAAA